UCUAUCUUCAACUUCCUUAUAUCAUUCUUUCUUUCCACCUCCUCGUCAUCAUCGUCACUCGAACCUCUUCUCUUCUUUUCCUUGCUGUUUUCUUUUCUUUCGCUUCCUAUUUCCUCGUCUUCCGAUUUUUAAACGGUUGUCCUCGCCCCUGUCUUACACCCUCCUGGUCGCAGUCGGUCGCUUGCCUUGGCCACCACCUCAUUCAAUGACAACAACAACAACAACAACAACAACCUGAAUCCUACCUGUCGAUUUUACGAGGAAUAAACGGGCUGGCGUAUUGUCACUCUCAUAGAAUCUGAUAUCUAGUGCCGAUAGAUUACUCCACUACUAGCCCUUUUCACAUCCUCCCUCACAGUCAUGGCGACCCUGGCGGAACACCCGGUUGUUGCUCCAGCGUCGUACGACCAGGAUAUCGAUUCCUUUCUCAACCUCGACCAACUCAGUUAUACCUCCUCGGAACCAGCACGAUCGAAGAUCGGCCUGACAACACAACCGUCCCUUCCUAGCUCAGAGUUCGCUGCGAGCGAGGCACGCAGCGCCAGCUUCGCUUCCUCGGGCCAAUCGCCGAUCGCGUUCCAAGCGCCUAGCCAUCAGUACGAUGAACAUAAGCAACAGACUGGUCUACCCCCAGGUGCUCUGGCCCAAGCAAUGACAUACAACCAUAUGACUCCUAUGUACAACACUGCAAGUCCCGGGUUUCCGAUGAACGGAGAGAUGUUCCAGGGCCAAGUGAAGCGGGACGAUGGGCCUAUGGAUUUCAACUCCGCCCCUCCUCGUAAUCCUUCUGAGAUGGACCUGGAGUCCGACAACAGUAUGGGUGCCGUCCCGGGCUACUACUUCUCUCCAUCCCCCAACAAGACCCAGUUUGUGGACCCCAAUGCCUUGGGAGGUCAUGAGCUUGUUUCUGUUGGCCCUUCGACUCAAGUUGGCCGCAUGUAUCCAGGUAUGCACCAGCAACAAGCCGCAAUGGCCAAAGCAGCUCAACAACAAAGACAGCAUGAAUUGCUUCGCCAACAACAGCAGCAACAACAACAAUUCCAGCACCCCCGUCAGGAGAUGCAACACCCCGAAGCUCCUCGGGCUCAGCAUCCUCACCUCACAAACCCUCUGGUUGAGGAGCGUAUUUCUCUCCUUCUGCAGCAAGUGAAGCAAACCGCUGUCACUUCGCCCUCUGCUUCACCCUCCCCAUCAUCUAUUCCUCAAAUGACCAAGGCUAAGAAAGACGAACAAGAUAUGGACGAGGAUGAAAGGCUACUUGCCAGCGAGGAGGGAAAGAAGCUAAGCAGCAAGGAGCGUCGCCAACUCCGUAACAAAGUCUCCGCUCGUGCUUUCCGAUCCAGAAGAAAGGAAUAUAUUGGCCAACUGGAAAGUGAAGUUGCCGCAAGAACAAAUGAAGCUCACGAACUUCGCGUCCAGAACCGCACUCUUUACGAGGAAAAUGCCCGUCUCACAGACUUGGCUCGUAUGCUUUUGUCCUCUCCUCACUUUUCGCAAUUCCUUGAUGAGAUGAAUGUCAACAGCGUUCCUGUCCCGAGUCAGGCGCAGCCACACCAACCACAACAGUCGCAACCACAGCCCCAGCCGCAACAACCUGCCCUGUCACAGGCCCCAAUGCCGCAGGGUAACAUGCCCAAAGACCCAGCCAUCAGUCACGGCCAACAAGAAUUUUCCAUGUCGCAAGGCUCUCAAGUUGGGAUGAUGAUGGUCCCCAACCAGGCGAUGGAUGUUUCUGCGAUGAACAUGAACAAUGGUGGCUGGAACUCGGGAAUUGACAUGAACUUUGGCAACGCUCCCGUCUUCGCAGUCUUGGAGGUUCCAGAGCCUGCCAUUGUUGACGCUGAGAUCCUGAGCGGCAAAUCUUCCAGCUUCGUUGAGACGUAUAUCCCCGAGAUCUCCAGCAGUAAGGACGACGCCCCUGUUCUGGAGCGUUUGUCGAUUGUCGAACAGCCCCAGCAGCAGACCGCUGUGACUGGUGUUGAGAAUCCGGAUGUUGAAAUUGAUGAAUCUGACCCUGCUUUUGCCUUGUUUGUCGACCAGCCGCGCACCACCCCAGCUCAAGAAUCUGCUCCUUCUUUUGAGGGUAUUCAAUCCGACAAGGCUCCUUCCCUCGCCCUCGUAGUCGAGAAUGACUCCAAGACCGCUGCUAAUCGGCUUGCUUACCUCUGCGACAGCAUGGAAGCUGCCUUCCAACGCGUUUCUUUGAUGACCUCCCAUCUUCAGUGAUUCCCCAUUUCGUCAUGAUUUGCGCUGUUUCAAAAUUGUAAAGUCUUUUCAGUUUUUUAUUCUUGUGUGCUUCAAGGUCCCUGAGCACAAGUCCGUCGUGUAGACCAAUCCAUUUCCUUUGUUCAUGAUCCUGUGACUAUAUACCGCGAGUUUGAUCUUGCUCUAUUACCUUGUGUUUUUUUCUUCCUCUUGGCUCUCUUAUUUUUUUUUUUUAUUAUCAAACAGGGUGUUCUGGGAUUGUCCUUUGGGUUUUGGGCUGGCUUUGUGGAAUUUUAUCUGGGAUAUCGGGGGUAGCAUUUGAGCUGGGUCUUGAGAAUUUAGAUUAGGAAUACUAUAACAAACCAAUGGAAAUCUUGAAUAAAGAUUAGAACUGUGUAAUGGUCCAGGAUCUUUUGUAACUGCGGAAGUUUGUCUUGAUAUUUUGUAUCCAAAUGUUGU